CGGUGCGGGGAGUAAACGCUCAGUGAGCCGCUGCGUGCGCACUAGUGAGCAUGGUGCGCUCACUCUGACUCCUCGCGCUGCACACAAGCCCACCGCCGACAUGUCGCAGUACGUCCUGGCAGUCCACCUGCAGGUCCUGCUGGCCGUGCUCCUGGCCGUCGUCUGCUACUGCCUGGUGCUCGCCGUCCUUCUCUGCUGCCGCCGGAAGAAGGCCCCGCCCUCAGAGGACGCGGAGGAGUCCGGCGCCUUCCCUCGUCUUGGAGAGCGGGUCACCGUGACCUUGACCCCGGCGUUGUGCACCCGGCCCGUCAGGCAGCAGUACGAAGAGCUGGACGGGGACGUGCUGGACUUCACGUCCUCUAAGAGCAGCUCUUCCCCAUCUGAGGACGACCUCAGCGAUCUGCCCUUUGACCCCUGCCCCACCAGGUCUGUCAGUCUCUCCCCCGAGAGUUUGUCCCCACUGCGCCGCCUCAGUUCUCCGGUUUUUCCAUCCGGGUCCCGGGGAAGCUCCAGUCCCAGCCGGGCAUCUAUGCCGUCCCUCACUAAGCUGGUCCCCAAAUCCCGCUGGACCAGGGGUCGGCGCAGCACCGUGAGCGGGGAAACUCUGGCGACCACGCAGCACGGGGCGCCCUCGCCAUCACAGUACGGCUCCACGGCGUCCUCCGUCCCCGCCAAGGCCGCCCGCUUGCUGCACUUCUCCCUGCUCUACUCUGCAUCCGGCACCCUAGUGGUCAAUAUCCUGGGACUGUCAGGGGCCGGGCGGGGGCGCAGCAGCAGGGUGUCGGUGCGGGCCAGCCUCCCGCCCGUCUGCCCCGGGCCUCAGCGGGUGGUCUCCCGACGCCGCAGCCUCAACCCGGAGAUGCAUAGCCAGAGCUUGGUCCUGCAAGUAGGCUCUGUGGACGAGCUGCGGGGGUGCACGCUGAGACUGGACGUCUAUGGCCGCGACUUCUCCGGCCUGAGAGAGGUGGCGCUGGGGGCGGUGGAGCUGCCCUGUCAGCACCUGGACUGGAACCCAGACACCACAGAGACCUGCACCCGCCAGCUCAGCCCACCAAAAACCAAACUCAAGAAGAGCGUGAGCUCGCAGGACACGUCGUCGGGCAGGAAGCCGUCGCUCUGCACGCCGUCGCCAUGGCGACCUUUGGGCCAGCUCCUGGUGCUGCUUCAGUACCAGUCGCCGGCACGCCGCAUCAAGGUGAUGGUACGCAAGGCCCAGAGCCUGGCCAAGCUGACCCGCAUCCCUGGAGCUCCAGAUCACUACGUGGUCAUCAAUCUGCAUCACGGCGGGAAAGUGAUCGGCACCAAGGAGACCAAAGGCGCCGCAGGUUCGAAUCCCGUUUGGAACGCUCCCUUCCUGUUCGACCUGCCGCCCGGCAACGUGGCUCAGUUGCCGAUGCUGCUGGAGUUUAUCGUCAUGCAGGGUCGCCUCUACACCAAGAGCAGCGUUCUGGGUCGCGUGCUGAUUGGCGGCCAUGUUUUGGAGGCGGAGCAAGGACACUGGAAGGACAUGUGCAGCCUGGAGCCGGCAGAGACCGCCCACUGGCACACCAUCCAAUCAGAAGCUCAGUAGUCCACGACUACUUCCUGCAUUUGUCUUAGGGCGCCGCUCUUUAUUCCUCUCAUCUUCAUGAACUUUGACAACAGCACCGACAAAAACAUUCAUUUCAACUUUGUUCUUUUUUUUUAAUGUUUAAAGUUGUCAACUGGACUGUUAGCAGAACAACUACACACUUUUCACACACAUGCAACAAUAUCCCCACUAUUUCAGCAACCGCACUCUCGCACUGCUGAAAUGAACAAAGUGCUACAAAACAUUCAAUAACACAAUACCUGAUAUAAUUUAUCCUGAAUGUAUUCAUUUAUUAUUAUCACAAUGUGUUCAUUUAUUCUCGUUUAAUAACAACCACUAUGUCCUAUAUCAGUUAUGAAUUUAUUUAUUAUUAUUAAUGACCACCUCAGUGUCUGAUAUCAUUCAUCCGGAAUGUAUUUAGUUGUUGUUAUAAAAUGACAACCACGGUCUAUGACAUCAUUUAUAUUUAUUUUUAUUCAUUUACUGUACUUUUAUUUCAUGAAAACAAGUGUGUGACAUAAUUUAUCUUUAAUUCUCUUUAUUGGCUUUCAUUUCAUGAAAACUAGUGUCUGGUAUCAGAUAUUCCUCAUUUGCCAUGUAUUUAUUAAAAACAAAAAAACAGUGUUUGAUAUCAAUUAUCCUUAAUUUUCCUAAUAUAUGGAGAAAACUGGUGUCGGAAAUAACUUAUCUUGAAUUUAUCAAUUUACUUUUAUUUAAUGAAAACCAGUGUCUGAUAUCAAGUAUCUGUAAUUUUCUUAAUUUGCUAUUGUUUCAUAAAAACUACAGUCGGAUUUCCGUUUUCCUUAAUUUUCUUUAUUUGCAAGUGUUUCAUAAAAAAAACAGUGUCUGAUAACAACUAUCCGAAAUUGUAUUCAUUUUGCUGUUAUUUGAUGAAAACCAGUUCAUUCAUCCUGAAUUGAUUUAUUCACUAUUCCUUCAGGAAAACCAGAGUCUGGUAUCAUUUUUCUUAAUUUGACCCAUUUCCAUAUAAUUUCACAAAAAACAGAGUAUGAUAUCAUGUGUUCGGAGUUUAUUCAUUUUCUAUUAUUUAAUGAAAACCAGCGUCUGAUAUCAGUUAUCCUUAAUUUUUUCCCAUUUGCUAUUAUUUAAUGAAAACUACAGUAGACUAUCAGUUUUCCUUCAUUUUAUUAAUUUGCAAUGAUUUCAUAAAAAACUGUGUCUGAUAUCAAUUAUUCUUAAUUGUAUUCAUUUUCAUAUAAUUUGACAAAAAACAGUUUCUUCUAAUAUAAUUUGCAGUGAAUUUAUUAAUUUGCUAAAAAUUUAAGGAAAACCAGCGUCUGAUAUCAGUUGUCUUUAAUUUUCUUCAUUUGCACAUAUUUCACACAAAACAGUGUCUGAUGUUAAUUAUCCCUAAUUUUAUUCAUUGUCCUUUAAUUUGAUGAACACCAGUGACUGAUAUUACCGUAUUUGCCCUGAAUUUAUCUAUUUGCUCUCACUUAAUCAAAAACUGUAUGAUAUCAAUUAUCCUUAAUUUGAUCCAUUUUCAAAUAAUUUGACGAAAACCAGUGUCAGAUAUCAUUUGUUCUGAAUUUAUUCAUUUGCUAUCAUUUAAUGAAAAACAGUGUCUGAUAUCAGUUUCCCUUCAUUUUCUUAAUUUACAAUGAUUUCAUAAAAAACAGUGUCUGAUAUCAAUUAUUCUUGAUUGUUUUUAUUUUCAUAUAAUUUGACAAAAAACAGAGCCUAAAGUUAUUUGUCGUGAAUUUAUUAAUCAUUCACUAAUUUAAUGAAAACCAGUGUCUAAUAUCAGUUUUCCUUCAUUUGCAAGUAUUUCACAGAAAACGGUGUCUGAUAUGAAUAAUUCCUAAUUGUAUUCAUUUUGCUUUUAUUGGAUGAAAAACAGUAUCUGAUAUAAUUUGUCAUGAAUUUAUUCAUUUGCUAUAAGUUGAUGAAAACCAGUGUCUGAUAUCAUUUGGCCUGAAUUUUUGCAUUUAUUUUUACUUCAUGAAAAAAUGUAUGAUAUCAAGUAUCCUUAAUUUGAUCAAUUUUCAAUUCUUUUGACAAAAAACUGUGUCAGAUAUCAUUUGUCCUGAAUAUAUUAAUUUGCUAUAAUUUGAUGAAAACCGGUGUCUGAUAUUAUUUGUCCUGAAUUUAUGCAUUUGCUUUUACUUCAUGAACAACUGUAUGAUAUCAAGUAUCCUUAUUUUGAUCAAUUUUCAAUUCUAUUGAAAAAAAAACAGUGUCAGUCAUCAUUUGUCCUGAAUAUAUUAAUUUGCUAUAAUUUGAUGAAAACUGAUGUCUGAUAUCAUUUGUCCUGAAUUUAUGCAUUUGCUUUUACUCCAUGAACAACUGUAUGAUAUCAAUUAACCUUAAUUUGAUCCAUUUUCAAUUCAUUUGACAAAAAACAGUGUCAGAUAUCAUUUGUCCUGAAUUUAUUCAUUUGCUUUUAUUUAAUGAAGACCAGUGUCUGGUAUCACUUUUCCUUAAUUUCAUUAAUUUGCAAUGAUUUCGUAAAAAAACAGUG